AUGUGGCUACCGAGAGAUGCUGACUUCCGGACCCCUCGGAAACAAAUUGUCGAUAUUGUAGCCACCCUCGUGUUGGCAGGAUGUCUGAUUGACCGAGCCUUCAGCAGAUUCCGACACCGAGAUGUUGUUCAUCUGUCCAGGCUGAAGAAUGGGUUGAAUGUGCUAGAGCUGUGGCACGGCAUCACCUACGCCUUUAAGGACCUGUCCCUGUCCUGUUCAGGACAGUUCUUACAGUACUUUCUGGAGAAAAGGCAGAAACAUGUCACUAUCAUUGUAGGAACUUCUGGAGACACCGGGAGCUCAGCCAUUGAGAGUGUCCGUGGAGCCAAAAACAUAGACAUCAUUGUUUUGUUGCCCCUGGGGCUCUGCUCUAAGAUCCAGGAGCUCCAGAUGACAACAGUGAUUGAGGACAAUGUGCAUGUGUUUAGGGUGGAGGGUAACAGCGAUGAGCUGGACGAGCCCAUCAAAGCCGUGUUUGCUGACGUAGCUUUUGCCAAGAAGCACAACCUGAUGAGUCUGAAUUCCAUUAACUGGUCCCGGAUCCUGGUACAGAUGGCACACUACUUUUUUGCCUACUUCCAAUGUGUGCCAUCCAUGGACAUCUGCCCGCUGCCCCCUGUGGAGGUGGUUGUGCCAACCGGGGCUGCGGGCAAUCUGGCUGCGGGAUGCAUCGCUCAGGAGAUGGGUCUGCCUGUCCGCCUGGCCACCGUGGUGAACCGCAAUGACAUCAUCCACAGGACGGUCAGGCAGGGCGACUUCUCACUUUCAGGGAACACCAGAGCAUCGUUGGCAUCCGCCAUGGAUAUUCAGGGGACGGGAGGGUGGCUUCCCAAGUUUGGGGAUGGGGCAGCUCUAGCCCACUUAUCACGCCCUGAUGCCAAGGAGGCAGACAAGGCUCCCGCUGCCAUCUGCUUCUUCAUGGGACCUUUCCUUCCAGGCUUCCUGCUGCCAUAUGCAGAGCAGCGCUACAGCUUGUUCGUUCAGCUGCCCAUCGUCACUGACCCUGGUGGCGUCAAACGCUCACUGAAAUGGGCCUGCAGGACACCCAUAGUAGGGGGCAGCUGGGUGGCUAAGCGGAUAGAGACCUAG